AUGCAGCAACGAAGGCUGAGCAACUAUGGAAUCGGGCGCGAGCAGAUCCGGCAGGGUGGAGGCCGAGGCAACGGCAACGAUCAUUUCGAUGAGCUGGUGGGCAGUACCGAAUUCUACGUGUAUCAAACGCCGGGACGUCGGGUAAAGGGCUUCGACACCCUGAAGCUGUAUGUCCAGGCCGAGGGAUGCGAAGUGCUGUACACCGCCGAUGCGCCGCCGGAACUGUCUGACCACGAGACCCUCCGCAUCACCCAUCGCAGCGCUGAGCCGAUACCCGAUGCGGUACUCAAGCGGACGCAUUCGUGGGCGCACCGCAACAACUUUCUGCACAGUUUCUUCAAACCGCUCUAUCGUUAG